AAGAAUAUAUAUACACAUAAGCCUUUAUUGCUAUUGAUCUUAAUAGCUGAACAAUACAAUUGCAUCUUCAAUUUUUACUAGCAAUUAGGAUUGGACGAUUUGAAGAAGGGUUACUCAAUUGAUGGCUUGAGGCAGAUAUUAUGUCUUAUGACUCUUUUGGGGUAUAAUUUAGUGGUUGUGUAUGUCUUGUCCCAUCAAGAAGGUGAUUUAGAUUUAUGCUCAAAUAUUUUGGAGAAGCAACUGCUGAAGCAUCCGAAUGGUGCUUGGUUUUUGUUCUUUAAGGGGAGAUUGGAAUUCAUGCGGGGAAAUUUUGAAGAAAGCAAGGCAUUGUACAUUAAAUCUUGGAAAUCGCAAGAUAUAUGGCCUCAAUUUCAUCACCUUUGUUUUUGGGAACUGCUUUGGUUGCAUUGUCUGGGUUGUGAGUGGAGAGCUGCCGAUCAGUUUGCAACGUUUUUGAUAGAGAAAAGCCGUUGGUCAACUACAAUUUAUAGUUAUCAAAGAGCCGCUUUAUUAUGCAUGAUUGGUGAUGACAAAGAGAAAUCAUCAAUUGAAGCACUAAUGAAGUAAGAAAAUUUACAGUAAUAAAAAUUAUAAUACGAUAAUCUAUCCCACGAAAGAAUGAACGGGUAUGGAUCUAUCAGCGAACUUCAUGUAAACUAUCCUUUUUUAAAUCGACUAACAAAAAUAAAGACAGACUUAAAAGAAAAUAGUGAACUAAUAAAUGACAUAUGACUGUAGAGUAUAAUUCAGUAAACUUAGCAUUGAAAAAGGAUAGCGCUAUGUGCUACCAAUCACUGCUCCGCCUAUAAUGAUGCAAGUUCAUUCUUGUUCAUGUUGUAUAUCAGGUAGAUGUAAUUUAAAGUAAUAGUCAUCGUUACGACAUUAAAGAUUUAUUGGAUGAGAUGUAUUUAGAAAUUUUCUGUAAUUAGAUUAGAUUCGAUGUGGUGAUGUAGAGAAAAAUUAAAUUAGUUUUACAAUCUUUUAAAUUUAGUU